CACUUAAUGUGCUGGAAGUCUCUUAUGAAACCGAUACAAAACAACAACAACAAUAGUGAACACGUCGCUAUGGCAACGCGCGAAGUACGGAAACCGCGCGGGAGCAGAGUUUUAAAAAAAGAAAAAAAAAAAGCGCGUGCGCCGAAACGCUGAUGAUGUCAUCGACCUGCUGCGCGUGAGAGUGUCACUCCGCAACAACAAUUUAAAACUCUCUCUCCCUCUGUGUGCGUCUCGCGCGCCGUUGUUGUUAGCUCCGUGGUCGCUAGCUCCGUGUGUUUCUCUCUGCCGUUAUGAGUGAGGACAAAGCCAAGCUGUGUGACUCUUUACUCAGCUGGCUACGGACAUUUAAGGUGCCAUCAUGUACGAGCAAACACGACCUCACCGACGGAGUGGCCAUCGCUCACGUGCUGCACAACAUAGACCCGUCCUGGUUUAACGAGGCAUGGGUGGGCAGGAUAAAGGAGGAGACCGGAGACAACUGGAGGAUCAAGGUCAGCAACCUAAAGAAGAUCCUCCAGAGCAUGCUGGAAUAUUACCACGACGUGUUGGGGCAGCAGGUAGCAGACGUGCAUGUUCCGGAUGUGUCUCUCAUUGGGGAGAUGGGGGACGUGGCGGAGCUGGGUCGGCUGGUGCAGUUGGUGCUGGGCUGCGCAGUCAGCUGCGAGAAGAAGCAAGAACACAUCCAGCAGAUCAUGACCCUCGAGGAGUCAGUCCAGCAUGUCGUCAUGACGGCCAUCCAAGAGCUGCUUACCAAAGAGCAUGUGGAGUCAGGAAGCCCAGACACAUAUGGAGACUUUGAUUAUCAGUCGAGGAAGUAUUAUUUCCUGAGCGAGGAGCUGGACGUGAAGGACGACGCGUCUCAGCGCUGCAGAGAGCUCGAGCAGCAGCUGACUGUGCUGAUGGAGGAGAAGUCCUCACUGCAGACCGAGCUCCAGUCGUUAAAGGAGAGACUCAGUCGCUGUGAACCUCAGGACGCUUCUACCACCAUCACAGGAAAAAAGCUCCUGCUGCUUCAGAGCCAGAUCGAGCAGCUGCAGGAGGAAAACUACAGACUGGAGACCAGCCGUGAUGACCUGCGUGUACGGAAUGAAGUUUUAGAUAGAGAAGUGGCCGACCUGCAGCAUCGCAACGAGGAGCUGACGAGCCUCGCCCACGAGGCUCAGACUCUGAAGGACGAGAUGGACAUCCUUCGGCACUCGUCGGACCGCGUGAGCCGCCUGGAGGCGCUGGUAGAGACGUACAAGCGUAAACUGGAGGAUUUGGGAGACCUGCGCAGACAGGUGCGUCUGCUGGAGGAAAAGAACACGGUGUACAUGCAGCGUACCUGCGAGCUGGAGGAGGAGCUGCGCAGGGCUAACGCAGGACGCACACAACUGGAGUCCUACAAGAAACAGGUGCUCGAGCUUCACACCAAACACUCGUCAGAGGCCAUGAAGGCUGAGAAAUGGCAGUUUGAGUACAAAAACCUUACCGAAAAAUACGAGGCUCUGCUCAAAGAGAAAGAGAGGUUGAUAUCUGAGCGGGACACACUGAGAGAGACAAACGAGGAGCUUCGCUGUGUUCAAGUCCAGCAAAAGUGCCUCAAUCAGGCAGGUUCUCUGGUUUCUGACAGCGGCGCAGUGGGAAACCUGGCGUCUGAGAUCAUGCCCACAGAGUUCAGGGAGACGAUGGUGCGUCUUCAGAACGAGAAUAAGAUGCUGUGUGUUCAGGAGGAGACGUACAGACAGCUGCUCGGUGAGGUGCAGGCCCAGCUUGAGGAAGCACAGCGCAGCCAGAACACACUCGAGACCCAGAACAGGUUGAGUCAGCAGCAGAUAGCCGAGCUGCGUUCUCAGGUCGAGGACCUACAGAAAGCUCUCCAGGAGCAGGACAGCAAAUCUGAGGACUCAUCUCUGCUGAAGAAGAAACUGGAAGAGCAUCUAGAAAAGCUACAUGAAGCCCACUCCGAUCUGCAGAAGAAGCGAGAAGUGAUCGAUGACCUGGAGCCCGGCGUGGACAGUAACAUGGCGAAGAAGAUCGAUGAGCUGCAGACGAUUCUGAGAAAGAAGGAUGAGGACAUGAAGCAGAUGGAGGAGAGAUACAAGUGCUACAUGGGAAAAGCUCGGACGGUGAUAAAGAAACUGGACCCGAAGCAGAAGCCCAACUCUGUCGGUCCUGAGGUCCAGGCCCUGAGGAACCAGCUCUCGGAGAGAGACAAGAGAAUCCAACAUCUGGAGCGUGAUUUUGAGAAGAGCCGGUCCAGACAUGAUCAGGAGGAGAAGCUGAUCAUCAGUGCCUGGUACAACAUGGGAAUGGCUCUCCAUCAGAAGGCGGUGGAGGAGCACGCUGGUUCUCCUGGUCAGGCUCAGUCCUUCCUCGCCCAGCAGAGGCAGUUCACACAGGCACGGAGAGGCCUGAGCGCUCGCCUCCAGCCCAGAUAACACACACACACACACACACACACACACACACACGGUGUGAGUUUAAUACGCCACAUUGUGACUCCUGCCUUAAACUCUCCUCUCUCUGUUCUGCUGUGAGACUCUUCCUGUUCCUCCAGAGGAUGUGACCCUACAUGCUGCUGACUGCUGAAAUACAUCUCUCCUUUUUUUUUUUUUGAAGAUGGACUAGGAAUGAGGAGGGGGGGGGUUGUCGUCCGUCCUCUCCUCUCCUCUCCUCUCUUUAAUUGAAUAAGAUGAACAGGGUUCAGUUUAAAAGUGCUUUGAUCUGCCGCCGUUAUUAUUUGAGUCAAAUUUUUCUAUUCGCAAAGCGAGUGUCUAUAAAACCACCUGAUCAGUCGGGAAUCAGGACUUUAUCGCUUAAUAGUUUAUUUGUUGUUGCUGUGCUUUACUUCUUUUCUCUUUCUCCGUCUCUGUGUAUUAAGCCGAUCAGUGUUCGUGUUCGUCUGUUGAGGCAUGUCUGAGUUUCGAGCUUGUUGUUUUUUUUUUUUUCUUUAAUCACUUUGAUUUUAACAUUUUCCUAUUUCCUCUGUUGAGUUUUUAUUCUUUAUCUCUUUUAACUAUUCUAGAUAGAGUUUUAGCCAGCUUAUUAUUAUUAUUAUUAUUAUUAUUAUUAUUAUUAUUAUUGGCACUUCCUCUUUUCUUUUUUCUUUUUUUUUUUUUAAAUCCAGUCGUCUUUUAGCACCUUAGCAGAAGUAAAAAUGCGUAGGCGGUGAUGAAGUAGCUUUUCUUUAGUAGUAUGAUCCUGUUUUUGUGUGUUUUUUUUUUUUUGCCGUGAUACUGUGAGAGUGAACACAGCUCGGUGCCUUUCUCUCGGUGACCGUUCUUCCCUGAGAGCGCUCGCUACUCCACUGAUGGACGAUCUCUAGCUGGGCUUCGUCACGUGGACGAGAACGAAAACCAAAAACCAGCACGUUGAUGAUAUUCUAUCGCUCUGCGUCUCAGUCUCGGACUGCGUCUUAUUUAUUCUCAUGACCAGGUUUAAUCGCUUACCUCGGAGCAUGUGCACGCCAACACGCUGGAACUUCAGCGCACUGACCCGAGAACAUAAGUGUUGGCGUUGCAUCAUGUCUUCAUGUGUAGUUUCUCCACUUCGAAAAACACUACGGAUUCCACGAUACCAGUUACACAACGAAAGUGCAGGACGCGAACGGCGAUACGACCGCGUUAUUAAUACCCUCACCGUGAACGACGUGAGCGUUCCGAGACGGCUUGUGGACGCGCUUGUAAAAACACAGUACCCGAUUGGACGCUGCUUCCUCUUGCUCCUUGUGAAAUACUUUUUGUUUUGCGUAUCGCGUCAAGAGUAUGGUGACGUGAAGGUUUCGCCGUAUCGCCCGCCCCUGAACUCGAAGCCGUCUGCAGUUUAUUUCUAACUAACGAACCACCAGAAGUCCGUCGAGCCCUGAAGCAAGCGACGCCACUGUCCCACCGUCACGACGGGGGUUUAGUAAAACCUCUUUCCCCUCACUUACAGAUAUUCAACAGCGUCCGAUACGUGAGCUGCGUUUUAACCCAGCUGGAGAUCUGGAACAGCGAUGACAUGCUGAAAAACUAAUUAUACACCGUGUUCUCUGUACUCCAAAGACGCACUCCCUGCUGAAACAACAACAACAGAAACCCUCAUAGAAUUUGUAAUGGUUAUAAUGGGAAUUAUAUUGGUUUUAAUGGAAACUGUAAUGGUCCCUGUGGACCUCUACUGGUAAUUUGUUGUUGUUUCUAAUGGUGGAAUGUUCUGUUCUGUUUUGCUGAUGGUUUGUAAUGGCGUUUGUAGUGGAAACCAUUAGAAUUUCUGUCAUGGUUUCUGUUUAUAUUGUUGUUGUUUUUUUGGAUAACAGCAGAACUGAUUAUAUUUACAGGUACCUGCAGAAUUCUGGUGUUAGGCUUUUCUUCUUUAUUGUAGCGAAUAUCUCAACCGAGUGUAACUUAAACAAGCUACAAUGGGUUUUUAUUUUUAUUAUUUUUAAGUGAUGAGCAUACCAAAGUACGAUGAUUGAUUUUUCUUUUUUUUUUCUUUUUAAAGCUGUGAAUGGAGGUACGUGAUGUUGACACUACUGUUUAGAUUUAACACUAAAGAACUGUUUUCUGGCUCCAAAGCGCUGGAACAAGAUAACCCAACAUGGCUCGUGCUGAAAGAGUGACCGAGUGACCUGUUAGCUUCCGUUUACUAGGAGUGUGUGUGUGGAUUGAUUUUGGAGCUGUAAAGUCUUAUGAAUAUAACUGUAUUGGGGUUUUCUUUUGUGUGUUUUUACACUGGACACUUGUUUCAUUCUGAGGUGUGUUGAUUUGAUGUGUGUGUGCAUGUUCAUUAUUUUGGGGUGUGUGUGUGUGUGUGUGUGUGUGUGUGUGUGUGUGUGUGGUGUGUGUGUGUUAUGAAUGUAGCUGGGAGGUGAUGACGGGUCGACACUCGGGUUGUACACCACGUUAAUGUUCA